AUGGCCUCAGAUAUGGAAAUGGUAGAGGCCUCGCCCUCGACUCGAGGUAGACUGCGCAUUGUCGCCAUCAUGACGGCGCUGUCGCUGGCUAUGCUUGUUGCUGCCUUGGACCAGACUAUUCUUGCUACUGCGAUCCCAACUAUUGCGGCUAAAUUGCACUCUGCAGCGGGCUAUACAUGGAUCGGCGGCGCCUACCUGCUUGCAAAUGCGGCUGGAGCCUGCAUUUGGGCCAAAUUGUCGGAUAUUUGGGGUCGCAAGUUGAUUUUGCUGAUCGCCGUGGCCUGGUUCUUUGUCAGCUCGAUUAUUUGCGCCGUGGCUGUGAACAUGGAGAUGCUGAUUGCGGGCCGUGCUUUGCAGGGUGUUGCCGGAGGUGGUCUUUUGCAGUUGAUCACCAUUAUCAUUUCGGACCUUUUCAGCGUUCGACAUCGAAGCUUGUACCUCGGUUUGAUGGAAUUCAUGUGGGCUUUCGCCGGUGGAAUCGGGCCUCUUCUCGGCGGUGCUUUCUCGCAAUACGUCUCGUGGAGAUGGAAUUUCUGGAUUAACGUGCCCGUUUCCGGAUUGACUUUUAUUCUGCUCUUCUUCUUCUUGGACGUCCACAACCCCCAGACAAAGAUCAUGGACGGUGUCAAGGCUAUCGACUGGUUCGGCAGUGUCUCGAUCUUAGGUCUGACCCUGAUGCUUCUCUUGGGUCUCGAUUUCGGCGGAGAGACGUUUGCAUGGAGCUCGACUCAGGUCAUUUGCCUGAUCGUUUUUGGAUCCGCCUGCUCUUUGCUAUUCAUUUAUAGCGAGAAACGCCUGGCAAAGUACCCGCUGAUGCCGAUGAACAUCUUCUCACAUUUAUCGAACGUUGCUACUUUGGCGGUGACUUUUGCACAUGGAUUUGUCUUUAUCGCGGGCGAAUAUUACAUGCCACUGUAUCUUCAGUCGGUGAAACAAGCUUCCCCAAUGCGAUCAGGAGUGUUGAUUCUUCCACUCCCUCUCGCAGAAGCAAUCUGCGGCAUCGUCACCGGCGCAAUCAUUCACAAAACCGGUCGAUAUCUCGAGCUCAUCUGGGUAGGACUGGCUCUUAUGGUCAUUGGAAAUGGUCUGUACAUCCAUCUCGAUGUAGACUCCUCUCUCGGCGAGAUCAUCGGCUACCAGCUGAUCAGCGGUACUGGCGCCGGAUUCCUCUUUCAAACUCCCAUCAUCGCCAUCCAAGCGAUGGUUUCUCAAGAUGACACUGCGACUGCAACAGCCACGUUGGGAUUCGUCCGCAACAUGGCCACAGCGUCGUCAAUCGUUAUUGGCGGUGUCGUCUUCCAGAACAGUAUGAGUCAAAUGAAGCCUAGUCUUUUGGCUACGGGCAUGUCGGAGAGUCUGGCUGAGCAGAUGACGGGUAACUCGGCCGCUGCCAAUAUCGAGUAUAUUGGUCAGAUUGACGACCCAGCACAGCUGCGUGCAGUCAGGGAGGCGUUUGCGUGGAGUUUGAGAAAUAUGUGGAUUCUGUAUACGUGCAUGUCUGCCGCGGGACUUUUCUUCUCGGCGUUUAUUCUCAAGGCGCGUUUGAACAAGGAGCAUGUGGAGACGGUGACUGGCUUGAACCAGGAGAAAAAGGCUAUCAUUCAGAACGUGCAGCCGAUUUCCGCCUAG